CGUCUUUGGAUACAAAUGAUAGCGAAAAUUGCAAUAAAGAUGAUAAGGAAUUCAUCACAUCAAUCGAAGAUAAAAAAAUGCAUAGAAAGAAAUUAUCAUACCACUGAAACGUAGCAAAAGCAGUUUCAGGGAGCGAAUGAAACAGAAUUUAACGCCAGCUGAAUCUUUGGAUCCUCUUACGCUUCAGGCGUUACAAGAAAUUAAAGAAGAAUGCCAAGCAUUUUCAAGUGAUUCACACAACGGUCAUGUGAACUAUGAUCUUAAAAUAUAUGCUAGUAGUUCAGAGGCUACAGAGGAAAUUGAGAAUGCAAACUAUGAUGCUGUCCCUAUUGAGAAGUUCGGUGUCGCUCUGUUAGCUGGAAUGGGUUUUGAUCCGAAGUCUCUUGACAAAUCUAAAAAGGAGGUUUUACUACCUCAGCGACCAAAAGGACUUGGGCUUGGCGCAAACCCAACUGCACUUCAAGAUGCCAAGCAAGAAUUACUGAAAUCCAAAAUAGAAAAGCUGACUUGGACUCCUGGAUCGCGUUGUCAGAUUGUAUUGGGAAAGAACAAGGGUCUUUAUGGCACGCUAGAAGGACUAGACGGUGACACCGGUCGUGUGAUUAUUAGACUGAAAGUUUCAAAAGAAGCAGUCGCGGUACUUCAACACAAUGUCCGUUUGGUUCCUGCCAAGGAAUAUGCUGCGUAUUCCAAUUGUAUUAACAAAGAUCAAGUUGAUGAAUAUAAAGCUCAUGAAGCAGCAGAACAACAACUAUCAAUGAAAUCCAAUAAUCCUAAUUUUGAUUCCGAUCUGUCAAGAUCCAAAUCAAGUCAACAUGACCAAUUGACACAGAAUAAUGGCUCUAUUCGUAAACCAUUGGCAUUUAAAGAGGAGGAUAAGCCAUUAAAAUGCGAACCAAAUAGACCGUCUGGCAGUACAUCAUGGUUAAGACCGAAAUUAAUUGUUCGAUGCUUAGAUCGAAAUUAUUGUAGUGGAAAAUAUCACAAAGAAAAGUUAAUUAUUGUUUCAAUUGAUGGUAAUCGAUGCAGUUGUAAAACAGAAUCUGGUCAAAUAAUUGAAGGUCUGCCUGUAAAGUAUUUACAAACAAUUAUACCGCAUGAAAUGAAUUCAGUUUUAAUGAUUGUAAAUGGAGAAAGAAAUGGUCAGCUUGCACGAUUAAUUAGACGAGAUAGUCAUAACCAAGUAGUGGAUGUAAAAACUCGAUCUGGCAUCCCUUUGCAAUAUCAUUUCAAUUGUGUAUGUGCAAUUCAUGAUCCAUUUGGGAAUUGA